AUGUCCGUAGUGUCGGAUAUCCAACUCAAAAAGUUCCCGUCCAAGCACGUUUCGUUUAGUCGGGCCUUCCUCGAUUACUCCUCUUCCUAUGGAGCGAAGGAGGCAUUGAUUGAUCCAGAUACUGGAGAAAAGCUGACAUUCUUGGAAUUACCGUCUGCUGUGGAACGAGUUCAACGGCAGCUAAUAGGGAUUAACAAGGGCACUGUCAUCGCAGCGGUGUGCGGAAACUCAAUCUCUAUACUUCUUGUCUACUUGGCAGCAAUAGAUGUUGGUGCUAUCAUUCUGCCUGUGAAUCCAGCAUCGAAGCGAUAUGAAAUUGAGAAGUAUUUGAACGAAUGCAAGGUUGACUACGUCCUAACAGAAAAGGAGUAUGCCGCGAAAGUCAACGAAAUUCUUGCUCAACCGAAAUUUGAGGCAAUAUCUACGAUCAUUCUCGAAGACCUCCUGAAGCGUGAACCAUCACCGUCGGUUGCUUAUAAGGAACCUAAUGAGGAGGACACGCCCAAGGUUAGUUUCAAGUUGAGAACAGUAGGCCAAAAGGGAGAUCAUCUUGCACAAACAGCUCCACCCAUCACUGGAAGCCACAAACCUCAGCCAUUAACGUGAUCUGUACGCGCUGGUAACUCCAAAGAGUAUCCUUUUCCACUCGUAAACGAUGACGAUCGUGUUCAUGGCGUUCUGCCAUACUUUCAUGCUGGUGGCCUCAUUACCGUAUUCUGUAUGCUUAUACAGGGUGCUACGGUAGUUGUCAAUAAGAAAUGGAAUGAGGAAGGAUUCUUACGAAUACUUCAAGACUUUAAAAUUACUACUAUCAACAUUGUUCCACCCAUUAUGGACUUUCUCGUGAAGCACCCAUUAGUCGACUCAUUCAAACUAGGGAGUCUCAAAACUGUAUUCGUAGGAGCCGCAAAAUGUGAUGAGGUCCUUCUUCGGUCACUAAAACGUCGUCUUCCUAGUCUGGAACAUGUCACCCAAUUGUAUGGCUUGACUGAAGCGGGUGUGCUACUGUUCGUGACUCCUAUUAGGAAUCCACAUCUGUCAUCCGUCGGCAGAGCUAUGCCUGGAGUCCAAGCUAAGAUUCUUGAUGAACAUGGCGAUCUUAUGAAAUUCGGUGAAGUUGGCAGACUCGUGGUAAAGGCUCCAACCUAUAUGCAGGGAUAUUUAGGAGAGCAUCUUGCUGUACCAUACGGAUGGUUUGAUACGGGUGAUUUGGCUUGUAUUGAUGACCAAGGCUUCGUCUACAUUACUGGCCGCACGAAAGAUAUGAUAAAAGUUCGUGGAUGGCAGGUAAAUCCUUUCGAAAUUGAAGAAGCGAUUAAAGCCAACGUUGUUGGCGUGAAGGACUGUGCAGUAGUGGGCGUCGACCAUGAUGUGGAUGGUCAACGUCCGAAAGCCUUUAUUGUCGGCGAGCCUGAUGUCAACGAAAUCAUCAAUUUCGUCAAAGAUACAUUCACUUCUUACAAACACCUCUGUGGAGUGGAAAUUGUGGAUGCAAUUCCGAGAACGCCAUCCGGUAAAAUUCUGCGCCGUGAACUUGUCAGCAGUAUCGGAUCCGGUGGAUAA